GUGAUGCAGUGUAAUCGUCACUUGACAAAGUCUGCCGUAAAAAUGCUGCGCUUCCUUGCUCUGGUUUGCCUGAUUGGGUCUUCCCUUUCCCUCCCAACGAGAUCCAAAGACGAAAUUGAAUCGUUCAGCCGAUUCCUCCGAGAUGUAAAUUCGGAGAAAGAUGCCUCCACUUUUGAGGAGAACAUGAGGAAGUACCCAUGGAACAGCGCAUGGGAGAACAGCGGCAAAUAUCAGGGUGAUAUCGUCCUCACUGAGGAGGAUAUUGAAGACAUGGUUGCUGCUUUUGCCGGAGACGAUGUUACUCCAAGAAACGGUAUUGCAAGCGGCAACCGUCUAUGGCCUGGCAGAAACGUCAUCUUCCAGUUCGCUGGACACUCUGCUAACGGCCAAAACCAGAUCCGUGGUGUCAUGACCAUGUACCACGACAGGACUUGCGUCAGAUUCGUCCAGCGCGGCUCCCAGAACGACUUCGUCAGGAUUACAGACCAAAACAACGGAUGCUAUGCCCACGUAGGGUACUACCAGAACAUGGGUGCUCACACACACAAUUUGGGCAAUGGUUGCAUGCAUACCACCAUCAUUUUCCACGAGUUCGGUCACAAUGUUGGUUUCAACCACAUGCACCAGGCUCAAGUCAGGAACGACUGGGUUACCAUCAAUCUUCACAACGUACAAUCCGGUAUGCAGCACAACUUCAAUUUGGUGCCGUCUCAUUACUCCAACAUGUUGGGUCUGCCUUACGAAUACGCCAGCAACCAGCACUACGGCCCAACUGCCUUCAGUAGCAACGGCCAGCCUACUAUCGUAGCCCGUCAAGCUGGUGGUAACCAGAUGGGUCAAUCAUCAUUCAUCACCAACUGGGACUACCAGAGGAUCAACAGGCUGUACAAUUGCCCUGGUGCUUGGAGCACUGAAGUCAACAUGGAGGAUGCCAACGCACCAGUUGAGAUCCCCAGUGAUGAGGAGCUGAUCGAGCGUGGUGCUAGGUUCGCGGCUGAGGAAGAGGAAAGGCUCAGGAGGGAAGCAGAGGAAGAAAAGGCUUAUGCUGAAGUUUAAGUUUUGUAAAUAAGUCACCAACUACGUCGUGCACCGCUUGUAAUACAUGGAUUCUGA